CUUUUAAGAGUCGGAAACACAUUCCCAACUUUCCCAAUUUCUGAUUUCCAUAUAUAAAGAUCCCAAUUCUGCAUUCCGAAAAUUCACUUCCAAUUUCCAAACAAACAAACUCCUUGGUCUCCAAGUUUCUAGUCUUUCAACAAAUGGAGUUUCGGAGGGGAGACAAGAUCGAGGUCUGCAGCAAAGAAGAAGGUUUCGUGGGCUCGUACUAUGAGGCGACGGUGGUGUCGCAACUGCGAAAGGACUUGUACGUUGUCCAAUACAAGAAUCUUCUUGAAGACAACAACGAUUCCGAGCCUCUGGUCGAGACCGUACGAGCUGGGGAAGUACGGCCCGUACCUCCCCAGAUUCCGGCGUCUGAGUUCGGUCUUUUUGACGCUGUCGAUGCCUUCGACAAUGACGGUUGGUGGGUCGGAGCGAUUUCCGGGAAAAAAGGCUCCGAUGAUUACUUUGUCUUCUUUGAGACCACCGGCGAUGAGAUUGCUUAUCCUGUUUCUCGUUUGAGGGUUCAUCUUGAUUGGGUCAAGGCCAAGUGGGUUUCUCCCAAGCAAAGAAGGUUAAGAGGAUAAGGAUUGUGCAUGGUGGAGAGGAAUGCGGAGAAAUAUGGUCUCAAGCGAUAAUGGCCCGCCGAUGGUUCGUUCUUUCUAGGACUCUCAAGUUGGAAGACAGAG